GGCACACAAGGUCAAAGGUUUACAAAGCACAAGGCUGAACAGCUGAAAGCCUCAAGAGGUUGCUUAAGGGUGCACUCCAUUCCGCAAAGAAAAGGGCAGGAGGGCUCAAGACAGAGGCCCUCGACCGCCUUCUCGCAUAAGGCCCUCGCUCCACAUAUAGUAUACGCUGCUAAAGAAAGCGGGACAUUUCUACGGUGAACAGCAGCAGCUGCUUAAGACUGGAUAGCAAGGGACCGGCAUACUGCCGUGGCUGGUCUGCUGACGAGCGUCGGAGGGCGCUCAGGGCACGGGCAGGUUGGCAUGGCCCGCAGCAUAGCAGUCCUAUUUGUAGCAUCAGCCCUACUCACACUAUGCCAGGCCUUGCAUCCAGACUUAGCGGCAUCAGCCAGUGAGGGGCCAUCAGAGAGGAGACGGCGGUUGAAGGUGGAAGCAAUUCUGCCAACAGAUCCAGGGGAGGACGGCAUUGCAAUUGGGCUGGAUGGCCAGAUAUACUCUGACACAGCCAUCACCGCAGCCUAUGCCGCAGUCGGGCAGCUGGGCCCAAUCAGCCCCAAAGUGGCCAUCUGCCAUUUCCCUCCCCAAGAGCGCGCCCAAUUCCAGGUGAAGUACCUCCAGGUCAUUCCUCUGGUGGCGGCCCAGCUCAUAAAGAAGGGUGACUUCCUGGCGCCUUCCUAUCCUGACAAGCGCUACGGCUACGGCUGCGUGCUGUACGACCAUGUCUGCGACUUCUCCACAGAGGAGCCGUGCAACCUGGGGGGCACGUGCCAGACAAACAACACCUGCUUCUGCGACAACAGCUUCAAGACUUGCCAGCCGCGCGAUAAGACCAACGGCUGUGAGACCAACAUCGGCAGCGACGUCAACAACUGCGGCGACUGCGGCGUGACGUGCGGGGCGGGGCAGACGUGCUGCAAUGGCCUGUGCGCGGAUCUGACCAACGACCCGGCCAACUGCGGCGCGUGCGGCUUCAAAUGCGCGACCAUCCCCGGCGUGCAAACCGCCACCUGCCAGAACAGCGUGUGCACGGUGACGUGCACGAAGCCCAACCCGCCCGUGCAGGCGUGCGCGACCAACUCGGGCCCCUUCUGCGCCAACCUGCAGACCGAUCCCAACUUCUGCGGCGCCUGCAACACGACGUGCCCAUCGGACGCCAAUGCGCGCGGCACUCGCUCAUGCACGGCCGGGGUCUGCGGCAUCACCUGCGACCGCAACUUCCCCGACCAGUGCGGCGACCCCUCCCAGGGCUUCUCCCUCUGCGUCAACACUAAGUCCUCCAUCACAAACUGCGGCAGUUGCGGCAACGUGUGCCCGACGGACCCAUCGGCCAUCACCAUCUGCAAUAUCGGCACCUGCAUCUUCUCCUGCACCGGCGGCACAACGCAGUGCGGCACCAUCGCAUCGCCCUUCUGCGUCGACACCACCAACGACAACCUCAACUGCGGGUCCUGCGGGUUUGUGUGCCAGAACGGCUUCUCCUGCGUUUCCAGCGUCUGCUCUAACACCAACUUCGGCAAGUGAGUGCCAGACAUGCAUGCGCUGGGAAGCCCCUUCUUGGAUAUGUCCAAGGAACUGGAGUUCGGACUGCAUCGGCGCUGCCGAGGCGCGCAUGCGCAUGCUUGGCCGGGAGCCUGUUCUGGCAGGAAGCGUGUUGCAGUAGCGCGGCGUACUUCUGCCAAGAAGGGUGCACGAUGAAUGUGGCUCAUGAAAAUACCUGAGGCUAUAGAGCGCCUGCCAUCCUGUCUUUGGGCAUGUGCAAGCUUUGCAUGCAAGGACAUUGGAGGGGCGAGACUGAUACAGGAUGACUCCUGUCUUGCAUGCAUGCUGCCACAGAUAGGGUGGAAAGAAAAUAAGAGCCCAUUCUUCUGGAUGUCCGAGUCAGCAGAUCAAGUGAGAUCUUUGGGAACAGUGCUGAUGGGCAAUGUUGGGCGUCAAAUUUGCACAAAGAAAGCUUAUGUGGAAAAUAAAAUUUUUACCUGUGCAAUUUGAUGGUAUCACGGCAGUGCCCUCACACACUGAUGCAGCAUGCAGAAAGGACAUGUUGCGGGAAGUCAUAAAUUUACCAUUAACAGGUGGUGUCAGCAGGAGACGCAUGCACUGUACUCGACCUAAUACUGGCUUAUUAGUACUGUCUGGCAUUAGGAUAAAAUAAACAGCAAAUCCAGAAAGAGGAUGUAAACACGAAUUCAAUUGUAAGAAUGCCCACCAGAC